GUUGUUCCUCAUGAUGGCGGCGCCCUGAGCUUCGCGGAUGCGGCUGCUGCUCUUCGCGGAAUCGCCUUUAACAGGUUCUAGGAAAUCGUGGAUGAGGUUGGAUCUGAUAUCGCGCCUUCACCAGCAUUGAUUGAAUCAAUAUCACUGCCAACAGCUGGCCAGAUGGAAGUUGAGGAGUGCUCAUCAGCGACGGCGAGCAAGCUGAUCAUCACCAGUGAGAUGGCAGGAACUGCAGGGCACCUCAAAGCCUAUCACCUCACACCAGAAGCAGCCACGGCACAAAGUGAAGGCCACAGAGUUGCCGCCUUGUUGGAUAUGCAGCCAGAGACCCAUCAUCUGCCGCAGGACAGCCGGGCUGCACCGAAUGGGCUGGUGACAGUGGGCAACCCAGCUUCUGAGCUGGUGACUGCUCAUGGCGACUGCCCCCUCGUGCCAGAUGUUCCAGACGAGGCCGUGGCUUCUGGAAGUGGCCAGGUUAAUGGGGCUGCUGUCGCCACUCAAAGCACAGGACAGGCAAAAGUCCUCACAGAGAACUCAGACAUUCUGGAAACGGCGCAGGUGCUGAGUGAGAUUGCGACGCCUCCCCUGAUGGAGAGCCACGAGGUAGAACCCGAGGAGCAGUCCGACCCCUUUGCUGAGAGGACCGAGCGGCAUGUCUUGCUCUUGUCAACAAUGCCCCAGGACAGCCUGGAGCUUCAGGUGCCCCAGGAGGUGAUACUCGAGCUACCCAAUGGCAUCAAGAUGUAUGGAAAAGACCUCGCAGCGAUCACCGAACUCCUACACCCAACCCAGGUGCUGCUCCAUUCGGGUCCUCGGAAGUUCACAUUGGCUACGGCUGACGCUGUGUUUUCGGCUGGGUCUUUGGUCUUUACCAUAUCCCAGGAAACAGCCGAAGAGGAGCCAUUAGCAAAGCAAGAAGAUCCAGGAGUGGAAACGGAAGGGAAAUUGUACAAGUGCUACCUCUGCAGUUUGACCUUUAAUCGUCGUGGCAACUAUGUCCGACAUAAGAAAAUUCACAUGGUUAACACCGAGGAAGAUGCCAGGUACAAGUGCCCACAUUGUGACCGCCAGUUCAUCCAGCACUGUGACCUGCGGAGACAUGCUCACAUUCACACAGGAACACAGCCCCACAAGUGUGACGUGUGUGGGAAGGGCUUCCUCAGAGCCAGUGAUCUGGUGGUUCACAAGAGAUUUCACACCAAAGAUCGUCCGUUCCAGUGCAGCCAGUGCCAGAAAUCCUUCUUCCAGUCCGGGGACCUGCGCCGUCAUGUGAGAAACAUCCACAUGACCAAUGCCCGAAUGCUGAGCUGUAGUCACUGCAGGAAGAAAUACACCAAGGAGGCAACACUCCUGCAUCACAUCCAGACCAUACAUCAGGAUGUGCUGCGACAGACCCUGGAGGAACAGGGGCAACACAGCAGUGACGCUGGAAGUAUGGCUGAGGAUGAAAGUCCCCUACACACUUAUGGGUCAGAGGACAUGGAGGCAGGUUCUGUAAGUUCAGCAUUACCAGUCAAAGCAGAAAGGACUGAAGAAAUUGCAUUGGCAGAGGUAACCACCACACAGAGUGGCACAGAGACACAUCCUUCCCUGCCAGGUCAGCUCCUGGAACCCAUAGUCACAGACAGCACAAGGGAACAAACCCGAGCUUUCCUUGGCUGCAGCGGGACAGUGUCCAGCCUUGUGCUGAUAAACAUGGAACUCACAGGAACCACUGAGGGAAAAGCAUGACCCCCAGGUAGGGGGAGGGAUGUAAGUUAUCCAGCAGUGGUGACCCAUCUGACUGGACAUCUUUUUGCUGGCUGAUUUGUGCUGUACAGUGCAUCUGCCUGUGUAUGCAUGAGCAAACACUACCACAGUCAAAAUGUAUUUUAACAUCAAUCCAAAAAUAAUUUGAUGUUCAAGUCAGCAGCCACUGUAAAGGAUAUAAAAAAAAGUUUUAUGUUUUGACAAAGCAAAGCCUGUCCCUACCAUACAAUAAUUCUGCCAUUAGGCAUACAAGAGGUGCCGGUUUGCUCGAUUCAACUGCACCGAACCACCUCAUCAGGCAGCUUCUUCUAUUCUGUCAUGGAGUCUCCCUGACAUUUGUUUUAUAUCUAAUUUAAACUUCACAACCUAUUAUUCCAUUUCCCUCACUUUAAAUGAAUAGUUUGGAUUGACUUUAUCUAUACUAUGAUGCUUUACACGCUUGAGUCAGAUCUCUCCUUCGGCAUUCAGGUUAUCGACAAAAAUUUUUUUUUAAUUCAUUUAAUCUUCCACUCCCCAUUUGACAUUUGUGGAGAAUGAACUUGUGCUCAUCGUGACCUCAGGACAAUCCUUCGCAAUCAAUUACUUUUGAUUUGGUUACUGUUGUCAUGUAGCAGCCAGUUUGGACCCAGUAAACUGUCAAACAGCAAUGAAAUAAUACAAGUAAAAUACUGCUGAUGCUGGAGAGCCAAAGAGCUGGAAAAGCUCCGCAGAUCUGGCAGCAUCUGUGAAGAGAAUAACAGAGUUAACUGAGGACAAUAUGACUCUUCUUUAGAAGAGCUCUGAAGAGGAGUUAUAUUGGACUUGAAACAUUAACUCUGUUACUCACUCCACAUAUGGUACCGGAUAUGCUGAGUUUUUCCAGCACACUUUUUAUUAAAUGACCAGAGGGUAGUGUUUGAGGGACAAAUAAUGAUCAGGACAGAGAGGAGAACUCCCCUGCUUCUCAUCAAAAUACCAUGAGAUCUUUUAUAUCCAGUGAGGAGGGGUUGGGGCCUUGGUCUAAUGUCUCAUCAGAAAGACUGCACCGUGGACAGCAUUUGAGUACCGCAAGUCUGGAUUAUAUACUUAAGUCCUGGAGGGUGAUCUGAACUCAGCCUUUCGAUUCAGAGAGGAGAGUCGAUACUUACUGAACCACAGGUGACACUUCGAUUUGAAAUAAAGGCUUACCUAUUAAUAUUAGAUGAGUACAGAGAGGCAGAUUACUCUGGUGCAUUUACCUGCCAUUGUGAACAAGUAGAAUGUCUGAGUCCUCCAUCCACUGCCGAACUAAAAGGAUAACCACACUUUUGUGGUCUGUGAAAUUUUAUUAAAUAAUAUUUCACAAUCUAAAGCUGCCAGCACUGUUCUGCAGAAAGUACUAAAAUAAAAUCCCUUCCUCUACAAACCCAGAGAACGCUGUGCUGCGAGCAGAGAGACGUUGUACAAAGACAUUACAGGUUAGAGCAUUUUGAUUAGGCAGCUUUCAGUUUUAUUUAUUUGACAGGAUACUGGCACGAUAAAUCCAGUGGUAGCUGACAAAAUUCAUGUAAUACUAGGUCUGCUGGCGUACCACUCCUCCAGAGACUUAGUAUUUCUCCAUUUAUACAUCACUGUAGACGUAGACAGGGCUUUGUUGCAGCAUGUCCAAGUUAUUUCGUUCUUUAUAUAAAAUGGCAUCUCUUCAACAUUGCGUCGGCUCGCAAGUUGACACAUAGUAAUGUUAGACUGGAAGCAAGUUAACUCUUGGAGCAGCCUCAGUAAUCCAUUACCUGAGAGACACGAUUGAUGGAAGGAAUCCUUCCUCUAAUCGUAGCAGGAUCUUUUACAUAUACCCGAGCAUGCGGAUGGGGUCUUGUUCUAACAUCAUAGCCAAAAGAUGACGUUGUAUAACAGUCAGCAUUGAAGUUUCUUCAAACAUUAUGUGAACAGGUCCCAAAUUAAACUAGCAAAGACACAGUCUGCUGCUGAGCUAAUAGUUCAAGAGGUGUUGACCAUGCUUCAGCCAUUUUGCAUUCAUUGCAGGAAUGCCAAAUCCCAGCGUAGCAUUCCUACCAAGACCACUAAAAACAGCAGACUGAACUUGAAACCCUGAUGAAAGGUCAUCUGAAAGAUCAACCCGUUUCUCUGUCCAUGAGAGGCUGCGCAUUUCCAGCAUUUUGUUUUUAUUUCAAAUCUUCAUGGGUCCGUCCUUGACAACAAAUGGUCUCCCCGCCUUUUUCUAUUUUAGAUCUUGUGCAUAAAAUGUCAACCAGAUUUCCUCUCAAUGACAAAUGUAGCAGGCUGAUAGAUCACACCCUUAGGCCUCUGUCCUAGCAACAACACCUCUAUUAUCCCUUCAACAUGGCUAUCAAACAUUAUCCAGCUGUAGAAAAGGAGGCCUGAAGAUACAUAAGUUUUAGAAUUUCCUCAUUGUUUUAAAUGAAAACACUUGCAGAAGUAACUAAAUGUCAGGGUACAUAAACAGUGAGGCCAUUAACUCUCCCUCAUUUAAGGUUAUGGGUUAUGUCAUCCCAUUCCUGUGUUCAAAAGCAGAGUACUGAUUUAUUUUAUAAUUAGUAUUUGCUUCAUUUUUUUUUCUCCCUUGGAUCUAAUUUCCCUAAAGGUAUCACUUUAACUAUGAGCAAGUGCAAAUAUUCCUUUAUGCUGUGACCAUUGAUAACCUAAUUCACUUGGAGGUAGAUUCCUUUACCCCUCUUCAAAGGGCUUAUUGGGACCAGACAUGAAACAGGCAGAAUAUGUUGACUUGGUAAUGCUUUCAGCUGACAUAUACACACUUGCCAGCAGGAGUCACUGUGUAGCAAAAGGCCAAGAGCUUAACUGACACUCUUCUAGGUACCAACCCCCUACCAAACUGCAAACAUUUCUUCUUUUAACAAUACAAAACAUACCUUCUGCAAACUCAGCUGAUCUCUUACUGUAUUACUCAGGGCUACACUGUGUAUAAGCAUUUAAAAAAAUCAAAAUCAAAACUCUUGUAGCCAUUUUAUAAAUGUACACAUUAUAAAGAACUUGUACAGAUCUAUUGUUACUUUGAUCAGGAAGAAAAAAAAUAAAGAACUUAUAUUCUCAAAACAA